GAGAAAAGGUGGGGAUGUGUGUGGUUGGUGUAACUGAGUCAUCAGUUUGCUGAGUCUGAGGAGGAGAAGGUAUCUUUUUGCUCCAACAUGAGUGAAGAUAGCAGCGCUCUGCUCAGCAGGCUGCAGCAGUUGCAGUGUCACUUCACCUGGGAUCUGAGGGACGUGGACCCGAAAAUACUGAUCACCCGACUAAAGACUGACAUUGAUUUUCAUUGGAGUCAUUGUGAGGGAGGGAGUUGCUUCUACAGCCUCUUGGCUUAUGUCAGGUAUCUUCAGGAUCAACGUGAGGAAGCGUUGAAACUUUUAAACCAAUCAGAGGAGACUAUCAGGGAGAGAUACGGUGAUGAGAGUGAGAGGCGACUCAUUGUGACAUAUGGAGACAUGGCCUGGCUGAAAUACCAUGAUGGAGACUUUGCACAGUCACAAAGCAACUGUCAGAGAGUCGAGGACAUACUGGUGAAGUAUCCCACUGGUUCAUCAGGAAGUCUCCUUCCAGAGGUGUACGGGGAACAAGGCUGGACCUAUUUCAAGGUGUCAUGGUCUUCUCUCUCCAAAGCCAUCGAGUGUUUUCGUAAAGCACUUGAGGUACAAACUCGUGACACGGAGUGGAACGCCGGCUACGCCAUCGCCCUCUUUUGUAGAGAACAGUGGGUUUUUGAAAAUUUACAGGAAGGGGAGGAAUCCCAAGUCACCAAACAGCUUCGCCUUGCAUUGGAGAUCAAUCCAAAUAACGCUGCUCUGCAGUGCAUGCUGGCUGUGAAGCUGGUGGCCUAUAAGAAAUAUCAAGAGGCUGAUGGUCUGGUGGAGAUGGCACUAGAAAAUGAUCCUGACAACCCUCAUGUCAUCCGCCACUCAGGAAAAUACUUUCGUAAUCGGAAUCGACUGGAUGAGGCUAUUGAUAUGUUUAAGCGAGGCCUGAGAAGGGAUGAUGAAUCAGAUUAUUUUCACCACCAGCUGGCUCUGUGCUACAAGCAGAAGAAAAUUGCUGAGCAAUUCCGCAGGCCCUUCAGCAACAGAGAAGAGGUGUGUAAGUGGAGGCGUAUUUGUAUCAGUCACCUUGAAGAUGCUGUGCAGAUAAAACCAUCCUUUUUCCUGGCAUGGGCUGAACUGGCACUGCUGUAUGCAGAGGAAGGGGAUUUGAGCAGGGCUGAGGAGACUUUCCAGCACUGUUUGGAGAAGUUACCAGAGUUGGAGGAAACGCUUUGUCAGACUAUCCAUCAGUACUGCGGUGACUUUCAUCUUUAUCACAAAAGCAAUGAGGCUCAAGCCAUCGCUCACUAUACCAAGGGGCUGCUGAUACCACUGAAAAAUUAUAAUUGGAACCUGUGUGUUAAGAAACUGAAGCAGAUCGCUGAGAGACGUCUGACAAAGGAUCCAGGUGAUGGUGAAGCUCUUGCUCUGCUGGGUCAGGUGGCCAGAGCUGAGGGCGACAGCAAGAAAGCUGCUGAGUUUUAUGAAGAAGCUCUGAACUAUGACAAAGACAAUGCAGAGUACCUGUCUGUUCUGUGUGAGCUGCGCCUGGAGCUGCAGGGAUCAUCCUCUGAUUAAGUCCAGAGUGCCUCACUUCACUUGUGCUUGCCAGCUUCUCUGUAUGUAGCAAAAUAUACUGCAUAUGUAAUUUUUUUGUUUUGUUUAUAUAUCUUGGAGAAAAACUUUUAAGCGUUGCACAAUUUUUAAGAGAACAGUAUUCAAAAACAAAAAAUGACAUGUUCUGAUAUCCCAGAGUUAGAAGUGGGGACAUCAGAGGGUAAAAACAGCUGGUGAUAACUUACUGUCAAAGUUCAAGAGGAGACACAUAAAAAACUAACCUUGAUAAUAAAAAGGAAAGUUAGGAAAACUCAAAUAAAAGUGAAUAAAAUCUAAAUUAGAGAAAAUAUUUUCUAUUUAUAGUCUAAACACAUGUUUUUUUGUAGAAUAUAAUUAAUGUUGAUUAAUUUAUGAGAAUAAGAGAAUAAAAUGUCCAGCUUUCAACUACAGCCAGGAGGUGGCAGCACACCUCCUUUAUCUUCACCUUUCCUUUCUGCAUCACUGCUCUUCUCUCACUCUACAAGGACUGGAUUGAUUAUAAUGUAGAGGACAAAGUGUGUACAGUAACACAGUUAUAAAGAUAAAUGGAAUGACUUGUUCUGCAAGUAUUUCAAAUGUAACCCAUUCAUAACUCCUGUUGACUGCAUGCUAUUUACCAAUACAAGACAUUAACCAUAAAAACACGCAUGAACCUGAAACACAUCAUUAUUGUGUUAUUGUUCACAAACAUGAAUCCAUAUACAACACUGAACACAAAAAUGCAAAAAUAAAGGAUAUUACUGAAAAUCUCCUUUUAUUGCCAAUGUCAAAGCAUGUAUAAACAUUAUAUACAAUAUACAUAAAAAUCAUUACUGUGUGCGCCUCUUGGACCACAUGCAGAAUAACAUUACUUUCAGCUGUAUCUGUAGCUCUGUGUUCGUGCUAGUCCUGACACACCAUGGUUGUGCUCUCAGCUAAACUCGGGUCACGAGACCAUCAAACUGUACCUCAAACAGCACUUUAUAUUUUAUGCCACUUUUAUUUUUUUAAUCACAUAUUUUAGGCAAGUUCCUAAUAAAUGCUACACUUUUUUAUUAUCUUAUUUAAUACAUUUUUAACCCUUUUCAAGAAAUAUAUGAACUAAAAUUAACAUGAAUCUGUCACAGAAACAUAAAAACACCUUUAUUGAACUGUCUCUGGGACAGUUACAGGUUGGCUUGAUGGGCCACUGAACACCAGGAGUGAGGAGCAGACGUAGUAAGAAAACAGACUGACCUUAUGACUAAAUCAGGUUUAAAACCCUUUUGUCCCCUAUGAUUUUGACAUCAUUUUUAACUUUCUAACAGUCACUUAAGACAAAAGAUAAAAGAAUAAAAACAUCUUUAUUAAAACAAUCACAGCAAAACAUAAAAAGUCUGUACAUUAUCACCCCUCAAACAUGCAAACAUACAGAUGCUACAAUCAUUAUAGCUUAAUUCAUGAUACAUUACAUUGUGACACACAACUCUAAUCUUACAUAUCAUUUGAUCAUGUGUUUUUGCAUUUGAACUGUCAAAUGCAAAAACACAUGAUUGUGGGAUUUUUAUAAAAUAUCUACAUACAUCAUAUAAAUGCUGGCACUGUGGCGGACCACCAGAUGGCUCCACUCACACCCAAGUUGAAGGGAAGAGCUGGGUGGAGAUUUUGGCGCUUACUGUAUCUUAAGUUCUGAGAGACAGUGUGUGAAUAAACAGUUGGAGUGAGACACAGGGA